AAAAAGCAUGCAUGGACACAAGUAAUGCAUCAACACUAUAGGCCAACAAGUUAUCUUUGUGCCGUGUAUAAGAAGCCACAAAAGCUGACAUUGGUAUGUUGCUUUAAUUCUGAAAUGCAUGUAGGUUUCUGGUAGGGGUAAAGCUGAUAAACACAGUGAACUUCGCGGUGUAGUGCUCCAGGAGGCGGUACAUCCAUCUAAUACUAGAUUCUCUCGCUUUUUAACAUUUACUAUGAUUUACUUAAGCAACAUAAGAAAAUAGUGGUCAGAAAGGAGAGAAGUUUGAAGAAAAAAAAUUACCUAUAAAUGGUAAUUUUCCACGUUCAUAUCAUCAUUCACACUGUGUGGCAGAGUGUUAUUUAUUUAGCAAAUUACUUUAGGUAACAGUCAUCAUGUUGGUCACUCACUCAGGCAAGACUGAGAUGCAGAAGCACAUGAGAAUUUAGAUACAGUAUAAUCAGUUGAUUCGAAAUCUACAAUGGUUAGUUGAAACAUCAGACUGUACCAGGAUAAGCCUAAUCUAGGUAGGUUCCUCCCUGCAACCCUCAGGAUUCAAUGCUACCAUCCUGGUACCACAGGACAUCCCUAGAGGUCCUGUGUCCAUGCCCCACUGCCUCAGAGGAGUUUUAGCAGCUUAAAGGGAAUCAACACAAUGUUAAGCAGGUGGUCAUAGUAGUAUUGCCGUAAAGGCAUGUACUCCACUAGACCCCUGAAGAUGUGCUGUGGUAUAUGGCACCAAGAUGUUAGCAGCAGAUCCUUAAGUCCUGCAAGUUGCGAGGUGGGGCUUCCAUGGAUAGGACUUAUUUGUCCAGUAUGUCCCACUGAUGCUCGAUUGGACUGAGAUCUGGGGAAUUUGGAGGCCAAGUCAACACUUCAAACUUGUUGUGUUAUUCCUGAACCGUUUCUGCUGUGUGACACGAUACAUUAUCCCGCUGAAAGAGUGCAUGUCAAAGUCACAUCCACAUGGAAUAUAGGACCCAAGUAUACAUAUAUUUACCUUGGGUCCUAUAUUAUACAAAAACAACAGCAGAAAAUCAUUGCAUUACAUUCAACAUUCUCCAAUAGAAAAUAGUCUGAAGUGAGGCAAAGUGGAAUAUUAUUUUUUUUCAUAUUUUUUAAGUUAAAUAAAGCCCAUUAAAACAUUCAUUCAUGCAGAAUCUACCCAUUUUGGCAGACUGUGCCAGCAAAUAAUAGAAUAUAUGAAUAAUGCCAACUCAUUACACACCCUGAGGGCCUGGUCCUUACCAUCUCUGUGACAUCUGAAAGGCAUGCAUGUUUUCUAAACAGGGGAAUUUUUAAAAUGAAAGCAGCAGCUCAUUUUUAGAGGUAAGAAUAAAUCGCUUUCAUGACAUGCCGUGGGCUUUUUAUUUCACUGUAUUUAUUGUUUGUCCAUGGGUGCCAGUAAAGCAUUAAGUGACUGCUGAGUGAGUGUUCAAGAUCAAAGUGUUAAUGAGGGAAUUAAGGUAAAUAGCUCCUGAAUAAAUUAAUGAUUUAUAAAGCUGUAAUCAAAGGGCAAAGUAGAAAGAAAGGCAAUCAAACCCACUGGCCCCGCCUAAUGUCAAUCUACCACAUGAUAAUGAGAGAAAGAUAUAAACAAUGAUGUACUGCAAAGAUUACAUUCCAUUAAGUGUCUGUGUCAGUGUGCUGGUCUGUGAUGCAAUGCAUGAACUGAAUGGCUUGAAUCUCUUCUUGUCUGUUAUUUCUUCACUAGUACCUUGGAUAGCCCUUAAUCAAUGUGUGUAUAACAUACAUCGGUUUGCAGCCGUACAGAACGAAGUGCGCUUCACCUUUGAAAAAUUUUAAAUGACUUUAAAGAAUUUUGUGCAGCACUGGUAACAUUAUUAUGUUCACAUCACAUUUAUUUAUAUACUUACUUUUAUUGCUCUGCUAAGCAACAUUACUCAAAAACGGACUAACGAAUCUGGAUGAAAUUUUCAGAGGUCAGAAAUGACACAUGGACCAUUUGAUUAGAUUUUGGCAGUGAUGCAGCUUAUAGUCUGGAUCCACAGAUUUAUUAAGGAAGUCUAUAUCAUUGGGAGAACGCAGCAUGGCAUUGCUGUAACUAUGACAACAAGUGAACACUACAUCAGCUGCCUGCUGAUGAUCACAUGACUGCGAUACUACUACAAAUCACCUGCUGCGGACUUAUCAGGACUUAUCCUUUGGAAAUCAUACAAAGAACAAUUGAUUAAAUUGUGGGGCUGUUUCCGAAUUCCAUCAAUUCCUGCUACCCGCUACAUAUUUCGGUCACGCAAUUUGAUAUCCGUACAUACUGUACACAUGCAUAACACACACCUGUACUCAGCACAGGGUCAUUUUGUUUGUGGGUACAUCUACUGUAUAUUAAAUGGCCACAUUCUUUGUUGCUGUGAUUUCUGCCACAAAUUUUUUUCAAGAUUUCAGAGAGUACUGCGCUCUCUGAGUGCUUUCCUUUUUAUCCUGGUUUAGCUUUCUUUGUGUACUCGAGUCAGGGAGUACCUCUGUAAUUUCGCUGUAAUGCUGGCAACAACUGUACAAUGACAAUAAAGCCUCUUAUGUCUUUUAUAGCUUAUGUGAUAAGAAACGUGUCAGACCUCUCCAAAGGAUCUCUAUCGCUACCUAUAUCACACUGCAAUGCAGUUGUGUGAUUGCUCAAUCAGAUAGGACUGCCUUCACAGCUAUAAAGACCAACUUAUUGCAUAACCGUGCUGAAGACUGAUUCUACUCUUAGUAGGUUGAAAUAGUGAAAGCAGAAUGAAUAGGCUUCUUGACAGCCUUCUCCUUCACUGACAUGUGGCUUUGCGUGUUUUGUUUGAGGGCACUGUGUUUUAGCAGCUGCUUUCUUGCAGGGUCUAAAGUCUGAUGUGGUAGAUAUGAAUGGACAAAUCAAACACUGCUUUGAGUUUCUGAGAUAAGCCAGUCAGUAGGAAGUGAUGGUGGAGAGGUGAGAAGGGCAGCAGACUUUAGACUCUCUUCACUCGCUCUUCUUCUUCACCUCUACUGUAGCACCUUGGUUUGUCUCUCUCUUCUUGUGGAAAACAUGAAGAUUAAUUUUGCUCCCUUGGACGUGCCUAUCCACAGGAGACUGCAGACUGCUGCGUUACUGCAGUGGGUUUUCUCCUUCCUCGCUUUGGCACCCCUCUGCAUCUUCCUGUACUUCUUCCUGCUCUUCACCCGGUUCUGGCUGAUCAGUGUGCUCUACUCCGUCUGGUGGUACUUUGACUAUGACACUCCUGCGCGUGGAGGCCGGAGAGUGCCCUUCCUGUGUGGCCUCAAACUUUGGGAAUACAUGCGGGAUUAUUUCCCCAUUAAGUUGGUGAAGACAGCUGACUUGGAUCCCAAACACAACUACAUCCUGGGCUUCCAUCCUCAUGGCAUACUGGUGGCAGGAGCCUUCAUCAACUUCUGCAGCUAUGCUACGGGCUUCAAGAAGAUGUUUCCAGGCCUCACCAGUUACAUGCUCAUGUUGCCUCUGUGGUUCAGAGCCCCAUUUUUCAGAGACUACAUCAUGUGUGCAGGUUUGAUACCUUCAGAUAAAGAGAGUGCCAGUUAUCCGCUCCACCACAAACGUGGGGGCAGCGCUGUUGUAAUAGCGGUUGGUGGUGCCCCAGAGUCCCUUGAUGCCCAUCCAGGAUCCUACAAUGUACUCUUGGCUCACAAGAAAGGCUUCAUCAAAAUGGCCAUGGAGAAUGGAGCUCACCUGGUGCCAGUCUACUCUUUUGGAGAGAAUGAAGUGUUUGAUCAAGUGGAAAACCCAAGAGGAACCUGGCUUCGAUGGACGCAGGAACGACUGCAAAGCAUUAUGGGUGUUGCUCUGCCUCUAUUCCACGCACGUGGUGUUUUCCAGUACUCCUUUGGUCUCAUGCCCUAUAGAAAACCCAUCACAACAAUAGUUGGACGGCCAAUUAGGGUGGAGAAGAAGGAGAAACCAACUGCUGAGGAACUUGAUGCCCUCCACCAGCUGUACAUGGAUGAACUCAGCAAUCUGUUUGAGGAGCACAAAGCCAACUAUGGAGUGGACAAAGACACACACCUGAACUUUGUCUAAAUGAAGCCGAGGAUGGAGAUUGAAUGUCUAUUUAUUUGUUAAGCUCUGGUACUGCUCUGUAAACUUUCUCUCAUUGGGCCUCUUUAUUAAAUGUGAACAAACUUGGUUGUGCACCAGCACGCCCUGCUGUAUCCGUUUAUGUCAGGUAGGAUGCACUAUAUAAUAUAAAUUCUUGUUUCAAACUGUAAAAUGGGACUAAAAAAAUGCAAUUUGUUCCUUAAGCAGUCAAUAAACACUCAUAAACUCUUG